AUGCACUGUGCCGUCAAGGGCAAGCGUGAGAAGACCACAUUACUGAACAAGAGAAAGUCCAGAGGUGCACAAGAAGUAAACUUUUCUGUGGGUGAUUACGUCCUACGAUCACGUGUCGAUGAGCGACGACACAACAAACUGCUAGUAACUUGGAUCGGCCCCUACGUGGUUACCCGUGCGGACUCGCACUCGUUUCGCGUUCGGCACCUGGUUACAGGCAAGGAGCAAGAUGUGCACGCUUCACGAUUGAAGUUCUACGCAGACAGUGACUUGGAAGUUACGGAGGAACUAUUGGAGCACGUUGCCUCCCAAGGCAUCGUGUCGAAAGUUAACCGACUUAACAAGCAUCGUUGGAUCGAACAGAAACAGGUCUAUGAGCUCCUACUGAGUUGGUGCGGCUUAGAGCCUAUCGAGGACUCUUGGGAGCCUUUUAGGUCUCUAGCACAGGAUAUACCUGCGCUAACACGUACCUACGUGGAAGCUGCCGAGGACGCCAAGUUGGCGACAGCUUUUCAGAAGCUGACCUUGAGCUAG